ACUAUUUUGCUAUCCUCAUAGAUAGUUAACUUUGGUUUACGUGAGGUGCAGACAGCUAUGUUAGUGCUUAGCUCCAGAGCACAAACCCCAGGAAAAUGGACUUUCUAAAACAGAGUGUAAACCUACCAGCCUUCAAAGCAGUCAAGAAUGAAAUAUGUAAGAACCACACUUUAAUGACAAUUGAACACAUAUUCCAGGGAUCACCAUGGGCAUUAAACAUGUUUGAUUCAUCUACGAAGAUUCCGGAGGGAGUACUCAUGGGUACCAUUGCCCAUCUGGGAAACUUUGAUGAAUGUUUGGGAGUGAAUGUGAAUGAGGACUGGGGUUCAUUCAAGGGCCAGCACUGCAUGGCGAGUGUAACCAGGAAUAUGUCUGGUUUUGUGAGGGAGGUGAAAUCAUGGACAUUUAGAUGGGCAGUAUGCAUACCAUCUUCGUGUUCUGCUGCUGAUCUCAAGGACUUCCUUACCACAGCAUAUCAUUUUAAUAUAAAUGUGAAUCCAUUAGAAUGUCAUACUCAAGGAAGUAGGUCAUUUCUACCACUUGACUGGCUUGCAAUAGCAAUUCUCGGAUUCUUUGGCCUGCUAUGUAUUCUCAGCACUGGGUAUGAUAUUGCUGUCACAGAUCUACGGAAUCGCAGGGAAGGUCUACUUAUCUUCUCAUGGUACAUGAAUGGGAAACGGCUCAUGAGCACAAAGAGCUCUGGCAGUAUACUGGAGUGUCUGCAUGGUAUACGGUUCCUCAGCAUCAUUUGGAUCGUAUUUGGGCAUGUAAUCUGCAUAGCAGUUACUUCACCUCAAGUUAACAUGCUCAAUUAUGAAAGAAAAAUGAGAGACUGGGGACAUGUGGCUGUACCUGGUGCGUUGUUCGCUGUUGACUCCUUUCUCUUAGUAAGUGGUACUCUGCUAUGUUACACCUUCAUGAAAACAAGCAAAGAUGUGAACUUCAAUCUACCUCUCUACAUACUUUAUCGAUAUAUGAGGACAACACCUCUGAUGGCUGUACUUAUUCUUGUAUACACAAGUCUGAUCCUACACCUUGGAUCUGGUCCCAUGUGGGAUAGCUACUUUCACUCAACUCAUGUAGAUAUCUGUAAAAGAAACUGGUGGACAGCAAUUUUUCACAUCCAAAACUAUGUUCAUCCUACGGAAAUGUGCAUAGUUGAAACAUGGUACCUGUCUGUUGACAUGCAGUUAUAUUUGUGCUCAUUUCUCCUCCUUCUGCCUCUCUGCAAGAAGCCAAAAACCGGACUAAUUUUGCUUGAAGUGGUAACAGCAGGUUCUCUCAUUUCCUGCUUCUUGGAGUUAUGUUUGAACAAUGAAGUAAUAUCACUUUUCAACGAUGUUCCAUCCUAUUCUUAUGCACACACUCGAGCUGCACCCUGGUUUAUUGGAAUGAAUUUGGGUUACUACCUCUUCCACACCAUCCAACUGAGGAAAGAUAUUGCUGCUGGAAGAAGAAGUGGUCUUUCAAAGAAAGUUGUGGGUGUUGGUUGGCUGCUGGCAUUUGUCUGCUUGGCUGCACCAAUCUUUAUACAGCAUCAGUUUGUACAGGAAGAUUUCAUCCCUAGUCGAUUGGAGACAGCAUUUUUUAAAACUCUAUCAAAACCAAUAUGGUCUCUAGGAAUUUCCUGGAUUAUAUUUGCCUGUGUUUCAGGAUAUGGAGGUCCAGUGAAUGCCUUUUUGUCAUGGAAGUUCUUCCACCCACUCAGCCGUUUGACUUACAGUAUUUAUCUCCUUCAUUUGUUCAUCAUAAGAAUACACUUAAUUUCAACUAAGACUCCAUCACAUGCUGAUGACUUGAGUGAGGUAUCAAUCUUGUUUUCAACAAUGGUGUUCACUAUCCUGCUGGCAAUACCUGCAUCACUAACAUUUGAAUUUCCUCUGUCAGCCCUUCUCAGGCUUCUUUCUGGUUACUGGAUAACACAGAAGAAAUGGGCUCAGCAUGAGGUCAGCAGUGCAUCCCAGCAGGAUGAUAAGACAGACAAUGGUGCUCCCCACUGUGUAGUGAUUCCUGGUUCAAGCAUCAGUCAUGAUAUGAAUACACCAAUGAAGCACCCAUCAAAUCUUAUUUUGGAUGGAAACUCCAUUCACAAUGGAAUGCAAUGAAUUAAUUGAGUAAUGAAUGGUCAUUUGCAUUUAUAGGAUAUUUGUAUCUUGUAAUAUUAGCACUUAUAUUUUGUUUGAAAUAUAACUACAAAGUCCAGGAACUGGUUUGUGUAGUGUAAGAAAUUCUAAUAAAAAAAAUACUCAGAAUUACUUGUGGUCCAGUGAUUGAGGGUAGCUCUUUCUAAGGGACCCAAUGGACAAAGUCUGAAAACUUGGUAGUUCUGAGUAUUAUACAACAUCAUCAGUAGUAUUUAGGAUCUACAGAAAAAAAAAAAUGUGCCAGGACUUGCACAGUAAAGGAAGAAGCCGAAACUGCCUCAUGGAGUAGGCUGUAUCCACAUAUCACAAACAGUUCUAACCUGCCUAGUAUCAUCUCACCAAUUUGUGAAUUUCCUUCUUGUCUGUACCAUCUUUCAAGUUAAUACACUGCAUUAUGUUGUCUGCCAUGUUAUCACAAUGUGAGCAAUGUAUGUAUGUGAAGUUACAAGUGUUACAUGGGGUGAUGUGAUGUGAAGGUGGACAAGACAUCUUCUGUGUUGUAACCUCGUAUAAUCUGGAGACAGUCAGAAGUUUCGGAGGAACAUUUCGCCUCCAUCUCCAGUUAGAAGUGUAAGCCAAGCAAGAAACUAGCAAAAGUAAGCGGCAAGCUGAUAAUUUUAUUAUAUAUUCUUCUUCUCUUUGGCUAUAUGGUACUUUAAGUCUAACCUUUGCCUCUCUCACCAUUCCUACUCAUUCUCGCUUAUCUUCAGCCUUCUUUCUCCACUGCUGUACUCCAUAUUUCCUAAAUCAUUCAUAACAUCCCCAGGCAUUUUAAUCUCGGCCUUCAAAUGUUCUUCUCCCCGUCAGGUCUGCCAUCAGGGAGUUUUUGUGGUACCCUGUUGCUUUCCAUUCUCAGAACAUGUCCUAGUCAUUAUAUUCUUCUAGAUUUGAUCUCAGCCAUAGUGUCUGCUCUGUUAUAUAGACUUUCUAGUUCCCUAUUAUAUCUUUUUCAUCAUGUGCCAUUUAUAUACACAGAGCCACACAUCACUCCUAAAAAUUUCCUUUCCCAGGACAUGAGAGUUGCUUUUGAUAUCCCUGUAAGUAUACAUCUUUUCUUAUAUUGAAAAAUUUAAUACAAUAAUUACAAUGCAUUAGAUAAUUCAAUUAUAUAAAGUAACAAAUUAAUAGCAUAAUUACCUGAAUGAUGCAUUUACCACCUGCCACUGUAAUUGUAGGUCCCUUGUUUAGCUUUCUUUUCCACCCUGAGGAUGGGAACAAUAUGUUUUCUCUGAAUUAUCAGUCACCGAACUACACGGCAUUACAAGCCAGAAGACAAUUCUCUUAAAUUUCAAUAUAAUAUAUGAAGUUUUUCGAAUGCAUCAUUUAUGCCCAAUGAAGACGGACUUGGCAUCGAAUUAGAUGGUAUAUAUUUUAAAAGUUAUAAAUAUAUGUGAAAAUGUGAUGAAUAAUUGAAAGUGAUAUUUUUAAGGGUUGGUAGGCCUGCAUGAAGACCUAUUACGAGCGAGUUUGCAAGACUGAGAGACCCGUCCUCUUUCUUACAUU